AUGUCUCUCUACACUUUUCCCUCAUAUUCGCUCUGCGGCCGAAGAUUCUGUCCUGUGCCCAGUCUUGUUGAUGAUUUUCUGGAAGAUUUCGACAUCAUCGAAAGAGCUCUGAGACCUUUGCAAACGUCUAUGGCCUUUCAACACAAGGACGAUUCCCCUGGAUGCUUAGGUAAGGUUGUUGAUGACGAGUCCAAGUUGGCCAUCUCCUUGAAUGUCGCAAAUUUCAAGCCGGAAGACCUUAAGGUGGACCUGGAUGGGAGAAUCCUUAAAAUCGAAGGGAAACAGAAAGUCAAGGAGGAGAACGGAUACUCAUCGAGGUCCUUUAUACGUCAGUGGACUCUUCCUGACAAUGUGGAUGUGGAGCAAAUAAAACCGUCUAUAACUGAAGAUGGCCAUCUUUGCAUCGAGGCCCCCAAAAUCACCAAGCCAUCCAUCACCUCCAGGAACAUACCGAUAGAGAAGGCUGAUAAGUAA